CCGGUGCAACGACUAAAAGUGUGUGUGACAUUAACGGUGUUUUGAAAUUUCGACUGUUAAUUUAAUAGAAAGUUUUGAUUAAGUUUUACUCACACGAGUGUGUAUUAUCAACCAUCCACCGUUGGCAAAAGUUCAUAACUAAUAGUAGCGUACUCUAAUGUAAUCCACUGCAAAGUUUGCAAUUCAUGUGAAACUCUCGACUCAUGUGAAGCUGCAGCAAUUUUGUGAACCUAAUGGAAAUGACAAUGGACAGUUCACCUUCACUGGAAUUCCCGAAAUUCGAGGCGCAGCAUGGCAGCAAUGGCAGUGUUUUGGACAGGGUAACCCCCGACAUGGCACACCUCGUCAACCCCUACUGGAGUAAAUUCCCACCAAUGGAUUCGACAAUGAGUCAAAUUUUGGGUAUCUUCACAUUGGCACUGCUGCUCAUCUCCGCUUGCGGCAAUGGCGUUGUGGUCUACAUAUUUGGUGGCACCAAAUCGCUGCGCACGCCCGCUAAUCUGCUCGUGCUGAACUUGGCCUUCUCCGACUUCUGCAUGAUGGUCUCACAGGCACCGGUUAUGAUUAUCAAUUUCUACUAUGAGACCUGGAUACUGGGACCGUUGUGGUGUGACAUUUACGCUAUAUGCGGCUCCAUGUUCGGUUGCGUGUCCAUUUGGUCGAUGUGCAUGAUAGCACUGGAUCGCUAUAAUGUCAUUGUGAAGGGCGUCUCAGGGCGACCAAUGACGAUUAAAUUGGCGUUGGUGAAAAUCAUGGCCAUUUGGUUGUUUGCGACAUUCUGGACACUGGCACCGCUAAUGGGUUGGAGCAGAUAUGUGCCCGAAGGUAAUUUAACUGCCUGCUCCAUCGAUUAUAUGACGCGCGAUUGGAAUCCACGUUCUUAUCUGCUCACCUACUCACUGCUCGUCUACUUCACGCCGCUCUUUCUCAUUUGCUACUCCUACUGGUUCAUCAUUGCCGCAGUGGCCGCGCAUGAGAAGGCAAUGCGCGAGCAGGCGAAAAAGAUGAACGUUAAGUCGCUGCGCUCCUCGGAGGAUUGCGACAAGAGCGCCGAGGCGAAGCUGGCCAAGGUGGCAUUGACCACAAUCUCAUUGUGGUUUAUGGCAUGGACACCUUAUUUAAUUAUUUGCUAUUGUGGACUCUUCGAGGUGGAUGGUCUGACGCCGUUGAAUACUAUAUGGGGUGCGACAUUCGCCAAGACGAGCGCGGUUUAUAAUCCGAUUGUGUAUGGUAUAAGUCAUCCGAAAUACCGUUUGGUGUUAAAGGAGAAGUGUCCGUGUUGUGUAUUCGGUUCGACUGAGGAGCCCAAACCGGACGCGCCAGCAGCGGAGAGUCAGGGCACCACCGAUGCUGAGUCUAGCGCUUAGCAGUGUGAGAGCAGUACCGAUAUUAUAAUAAUAUUUAACGAUUAAACAGUUCCUCGAUAUUUUGGUUAUUUAAUGUAUACAAAAAAAAUUAACGAAACGAGAUAAGCAAAGAGAUUGCUAUAUAUAAAUAC